AUGGUCAGCCAUGGAAAACAUAUUGCAAUCAUAGUCCAACAGCUUAACAAAUUUAACCCUGAAAAUCAGAGCGUGGAGGAUUUCUUGAAUGAAUCUGCUAAGAUGUUGCAGACACUUGAUGUGACAGGUGAAAAGUUUGUGUUGGAUACACUAGCUGGAUGCAUAGAAUAUAAGCCCUUACUGGAUGUAGUAGUCAAUGCCUUUUUUGUUCGGGACGGGAGAUGCUGCCUGAUUUCUGAGCGUAAUCUCUACAGAGUUAUUUGUUAUCUGGCUACUUUUCAACUAGAAGAACUUGGUCUUCAGCACUUCAGCAGAAUUGUGAAAUCUCUGGACACUGCAAAAAUGCAAAAGUUUCUUAGAUUCUUCUUCAAUGCCUUAUAUUUGAACACAUGGAUAAAAGAUGAAUGGAGUCAGUUCUACGAUUCGCUGUAUGUAAAAGAGAACUGGAUUGAUCCACUGCUAAGAUGGCAGCCAAAAGUACAGCAACUGAUUGAACAGCUCACAGAUAAGCUAAGUAAUCGUACUACCACUGUCAAGACUUCAACGAUCACUCGGCCAAAGGAAUUUAAUUUGACUGUACCCAAACCACGUGCCAUUCCCAUACCGCUGCCAAUGCCAGUACUGGAAAAAGGGCCACCUGUUCCUCCAAGCACCUAUAAAGCUCCAAAGGAAAAAAAGCAACUAGAGGAAAUCAAAGCAAAGAAUCGCCGAAAAGCAAAAGAUCUGCUCCUGAAAGCCAAUGCUAACCAGUUCAGGUGUGCAACCAUGAAGUCUGAGAAGGGAGAGAAUGCACAUGACAAUGUGAAGAGUAAACCAGCAUUCCAGGCUCAAAAGAUUCAAAGCAAGAUUGACAAUAUACCUAUUAAACUGAAUGCUGCAGCUAUCCUAAGAGAGGGUGCCCUCUAUCAGCGGAAGAUGGAACAGGAGCUCAAGAGAAUUGAAAAUUUACUACAAGGAGCUGGAGACCCAUCUGAAUUCUUGGAAUGGCAAAAACAGAUGCGUGGAAAAGAUUUGGAAGAACAGCUGGCUGAAAUAGAGUGUAGGAGGCUUCAAGGGAAACUAAGUCAUGAAGAGGCAGUUCUAGCCCAUCAGAAUGUAGUUCAAGAAAAUAAGAAGAAAGCUGAUCUAAUGAGAGAAGAGAAAGCAGAGCUGAUGCACCAGUAUGCUGAGAAACGUCUACAGGAACAGAAAGAAAUGCGAGAGCUGGUGGAGCAGGUCGUGGAAGGACACAAGAAUGUAAAGGAAGCAAAAAUAAAGCUUCAGAAAUACAAACAGAAGAUAGUUCAGGAAGUUUGUGAAGAAAAUAGAGAACUUCUUCGGCAAGCUUUAGAAGAAGAGGAGGAGGAGCUUAGGAAAAGAUAUCAAUUAAUUCAACAAAUACGAGCUAUUGAGUCUUUACCAACCUUCAGACACAAGUUUGUUGAUUUAACAGAGACUGGUGGCCAUGGUUUAAUUUGUGAAAUGUCAGUAGUGGAACUACGUGAAUGCCUUGCUCUACUCAAAGAAGCACAGAAGGCAGCAGAGGAAGAGAAGAGAGACCAGAUAAUUCAUGAAAAACAAGCUAAGGAACAACUUCUUCUAGACAAACUGGACCAGAUUUCCAUGUUCAGAGCAGAACUUGGGCGAGCAGCUGCUUUAAAGCAAGAAGAAAAGAAAAGAAAGUCCCAGUCUGGUGAAAGGCCUAUGAAAGAUGAACGCGUUUUAAACCUCCAGAAAAAGAUUGUAGAAAAAGCAAUGGAACGUAAAAAGCAAGAAGGACUUUUAAAGAUUAGCCCCCAGAAAGCCAGCAUCGCAUCAAGGAAGGAUUCUUUGCAAUGGAACCACUGGAAAGAACUGGAAGAGAGUCGGGAAAGACAGUUCAAGAUCCUUCAGCAUGGCUUCAUGGCCAGAGAAACAGCUCAGAAAAUGGCUGCCUAUGAGGCAGCAAGAAGCAGAGCCUCAGUCUGUAGAUUGCAUUCUGAA